GGUCAACUCGAUCGUAAGAAGCCCUUGCCUCGCAACCAUCGUGGGGGGUUCGCUCUCCUGUCACACACCUGCUGUCUAGCCGUUCUUUUGCUCUUGCUAGAACGGCUUUCAUGCCAUCUCUGUAGAGAUGCAGCAACCGCAGCCCCCGCCCCAGCAAAGGAGCACCCCAGCUCGGAGACGUCCAAAGCGGUCCGUCAACUCCCCUGCCGCUCGCAAGACAUAUGCCUCGGAGAACGACAUGCCGCCUGAAGGCGCUUUCAUGGCCGACCUCGCGAGUCCGUUCACACCGCAAAAGCCGACCUCAAACAGCCCUCCCCUGGCAUCGCAGCUCAAUCAGUCCAGGUCCAAGCCUCGAAACCCAGGAAGCAAACCGCGGGCAAAACAAGUUUCAUCGCCUGGCACUGUGAAGCAAGAUCGGAUGACGCCGCCGCAAACCGUAGCAUCGAAGCCUAUCGCAGCACCCGCCUUUGCAGGCGCCACGUUCCAUGCCUCACCCGCGCCCUCGAGCCUACCAAUUCCGAGCUUCGCAGCCAGGGCGCUGGACUCACCUAGUUUGCGCAAAGCUGAUCGGGCCAACCGCGAGCCAUCCCCCCCGGUUACCGACUCAGAGGCGCCGACUCCGCAACACCGUCUUCCGCCAACGGACGUUUCCCAGGACGAAUCACCGCUGGAUAUCUUAUUCCGUGCUCACCGGGCCGAAAAAGAGAAAGAGCGUGCCCGCAGAGCAAGUUGCGCCGACAUUCUGGCAGUGCCCAACGCCGGCCCGUCCUCACCACUUGCUCGAGAGGUGUCUCCUCAAGUACCCAAGACUCUUCCAAGCGUAUUGGGCACCCGCAUCCGUCGAUCUGGGGGCAUUUCGCCCAGCGAACUCGAUGGCACACCUGGCAGGCCUUUAGGCCCGGCCUUCUCUACACCAUACCAAGACCGAAUCCGAGCAGCGCUCUCCAGCUAUAAGCAGGCCACAAGUCCGCCGCAACAUCAGGAAGCCGAGGUAGACUUGAGUGAGAAGUUGAAACGAUUUCUUGCUGUUUCCCCGCGUCGAGGCGAAGCCACAGUGUCCCCAAGGCCUGACCAUGUUGGUGAGCUUUAUCGGGACGGCCCUGUUCAUUCGCUGAACGCGCCGGCUGCGUAUAACCUGGAUGGGAGCCGCCCACCCGAACUCCUGCAAGGGGAGGAUAGCCUUCGUCGGAUAUUGGGGAUUGGGGCUGGGUCCACUGCGCGGAAUUUGACGCCGCUUCGACACCCAACCAACUAUCAGAGUUCCUGAGCCAGCGAUGUGUCUCGACCUGCCUCUGCUCCUUCUCCGGACCACAUCGCUGCUCCGUGGGAUAGGCGGUCAGGAACAAUCCCAAGAUGUGUAAAAACCUGUGUUUUCUCAGAUCGGCAUCGGGAUUUGGUUUUUCAGAUAUUUUUGAACUGUGAGGCCUUCAUCGCAUUUUCUUCUCAUCUCUACUUCCCGGCGUUUAGGGUGUUCUCGGGAACAAACGGGGCGGCGAGGUUCACAGGGUGGGCUGGUUGGGCUGGACC